CGCGGUGGUGACGUUGGGGUCCGCGACGCUUUCGGCUGGCUGACCGCUCGGGUCCUGCUACCUGUGCGACUGGCCGAGUCCCGAGCGCCAUGGCCUCCGCUGGGGUGGCCGCCGGGCGACAGGUCGAGGAUGCGUUACCGCCGUCGGCCGACCCGCCGCUGCCCGAGACGAAGCCGCUGCUGCCUCCGCAGGCGCCGCCGCCGGUCGCCGCGCCUCCGCCUCAGCAGUCUCCGGCGCCGCGGCCCCAGUCCCCGGCGGGCGUGAAGGAGGAGGAGAACUUCUCCUUCUUACCGUUGGUUCACAACAUCAUCAAAUGCAUGGACAAAGACAGCCCGGACAUCCACCAGGACCUGAACGCCCUCAAAGCCAAGUUCCAGGAGAUGCGAAAGGUCAUCAGCAGCAUGCCUGGCAUCCACUUGAGCCCUGAGCAGCAGCAGCAACAGCUGCACAGCCUCCGGGAGCAAGUCAGGACCAAGAGCGAACUUCUGCAGAAGUACAAGAGCCUCUGCAUGUUUGAGGUCCCCAAGGAGUAGACAGGCUGGCUUCAAGGGACGCCCGAGAGAAGAAGAGGAGGGCACGAGGCCUUGCUGUCUUCCCCACCGCUCCCUCGGAGUGUGGUUCUUGCAGACCCUAGCUCUGACCUUUGUAGCCAGAUGGGGCAAGCUGAACCUGGCAGUGCGAGCAGCCGACUGGCCAGCCUGACUUCUUUGGGCUUCCUUGUAUAUUAACAUAUGUCUAGAUGUGUGCUGACUCAAGUGCCUGCUGGAAAGGAGGAAUGUUCCUAGAGGCUGGGGAGGGGGUGGAGGACUCCACCCCUGCCUCUGGGGAGGGGGCCAUCUGCUGUGCAUUCAGGCUCCGCCCGCAGAUCUGAAGAGCACAGUAGGAAAGGAGGCGGCUCCUCUCUGCUUCCUGCCCUCCCGCCCCUCCCACCCCCUGGAUAUGAUCAGUGCGUACCAGGUACAUUUUGUUCUGUUAACAGCAGUGUGGUGAAACACUUGCCUAGAAUUCACUGGACAAAUUAGGCCUGCGUUCAUAUGGCAUAGAUUUAAAAUGGUAAAAGAAGGCACUGAGAGAAUGCACAUUGUUUUGAAAGCCUACAGGGUGGCUUCCCCCCCCGCCCCCCACACAGUUUGGUUUUAUGUUUGAGCCAGUGACUGUCACUGUGUCUGUGGGGGGUCAGCCUGGAGCCCUGCCGGGCCGGGCCAUCUCCAAGUUCUCUGCCACCUACGUGUUCUUACUUUUAGCUCCUGCUCCCUUCAUUUCCUGUCCCCCUCAGUCACCCUGUGUAGCCGUUUAAUGCCCAGGAACAGCCGAACCACUUGAAACCCCGCAGGGCUUCCCACGGGCCGCAGGGUACUGUUGUUUCUUUGUGGGCUCAGAGGUUUCCAGGGGAGCAGACCUUGCCUCUUGCAGCACUUAGGUUCCCAUUGUCCUGGUUUAAAACAUCAUUUCCCCUCUGGCCUUCUCACUAAAGAGCCAACCACGAGCACUUAGUGCACUGCGGACAGGGGUGUGCAUGAUUGACCUGGGUCCCAAGGAGGGCGGCUCUAGGUGACAGGUCUGGUGUCCCUCGGCUAGAUGUGGCUCUAGAGUUCAGAAUCAGUUCUGAAGGGGUGGGGCGAGCUGUACCUGGAAGUUUUGCAGCCAAGUCCUCCUCACAAGUGUUGGUAACCACCCUCGUUUCUUCCCCAUGGCAUAUUGUGUCUGUGCUCUUCCCUUGGCCAUCAGACGGAGGUAAGAGAUGUUCUUGCCCUUGCCCUUAAGGAUGAGGUGACAGGUGACCGAGUAGUGUUUAGGUCCAGAAAUGGCCACAUAGCCUGUGCUGACCAAUUCGGGGCUUACCAGAUGCCGGCUGACCAACCUCGUUGGCAGGAACACUGGUCGAAGAUGUUUUCAGCAAGGGUCCCAUCUCUGUGGACUGCAGGCACCUGUCAGGAAAUGGCUCACACUGGGAACCCAGGGAUGUGGGAUGUGGGAAGGGGGCUCUCCGGUCAUGGUGGCUUUAGAGAGAAGAGCAGGCUCUGGGUUCAGGUGGGUCGUCACUUGUUGGACCAGUUCCACCUUGGGACUGGUAGUUAACUGAGUCACUUAUUUCCCUGAGAUUUCGGUGCUCUGAAGUGCGGGCCGGCUUGAAGGCUCUGAGCAGAUAGCGUGAAACACGGAGCGCACAGAAACACAGACUGUUGCGGCUGCUGCGAGGCGAACCCGACUGGGGCUCCCCGGGGCCGAGGGAGAGGGCCCCUUUCCUACAUCCAGUGUUGUGACUGGUGAGAUCUUUCUGGAGUGUAAUUAAAGGAACUUGUGCUCUGC